CCUUGCUUUGUCCUUUUCUACAUUUAACAAUGGAGCUGAUCCCAAAUCUCCCCAAUGAUGUCGCCCUUGAGUGUUUGGUUAGAGUUAAGUACGAUCAAAUCGCCGCACUUUUGUCAACCUGCAAAGGCUGGAAAACCCAGAUUGAGCAACCCGAGUUUUUUCAGCUAAGGAAAGCCACUUCCCACGGCCAAAAGCUCGUCGUCAUGGCUCAAGCUCGGGUUGAUCCGGAUGUGAAACAUGCUCAUCAAAAAGGCUGCUCAGUCAAACCUGUCUUCGGGCUAUCUGUUUUGGAGCCGGAUACGGGUAAUUGGGUUGACUUUCCGGUUCUUCCCGGUGAGUUCCAUAAUGGGUUACCUUAUUUUUGCCACCUGGUUGCUGUCGGGUAUGAUCUUGUGCUGAUCGGUGGAUUGGACCCGGUUACUUGGGAGGCCACCGCUUCUGUCUUUGUAUUCAAUUUCUUGACUGCCAAGUGGCGGAGAGGAGCUGAUAUGCCCGGCGUACGGCGGUCGAUGUUCGGUUGUGCUUCCGGCGAUGGUACGAUGGUGUACGUUGCCGGUGGUCAUGACGAGGAGAAGAAUGCCUUGAAAUCGGCAUUGGCGUACGAUUUGGUCAAGGAUGAAUGGAUUCCGUUGCCCGACAUGGCAACCGCGCGCGACGAGGUUAAGGGUAUUUUCCGCCGCGGCAAGUUCCACGCCGUCGGUGGCUACGGCACCGAUACGCAAGGCCAGUUCGAGAGAACUGUCGAGGUGUUCGACGUCGCGACGUGGCGGUGGGAUCACGUGCAGGAAGACUUCUUGGAAGCCAGCACGUGUCCAAGCACUUGCGUAUCUGGUAAUGACGUGGAUGUAUACAUGGUUUACGAAGGUGACGUGGUGGCAUGUAAAGACGCCAAAUGGCAAGUUCUUGCCAAGCUACCUGGUGACGUGUGCAAGAAUUCUUACGUGGCAAGGUGGCAUGACAAGUUAAUGGUGGUUGGUUCUUCAAAAUUGGAUGAUCCCCAAAAUGCUUACGUGUUGAACUUACUGACGUACGAUUGGACGAAAUUGUCGAUCCCUCAUGAAUACUCUGGUCAUGUUCAUACAGGAUGUUACUUGGAGAUUUGAAG